AUGUCACGUGCCGCUGCAUGUGUACCCAACGAACUUCGCACGUCGAUGCCUUCAUCGCUCCAACUCAAGUCCUUGCCGAAACUCCAAACAAUGGAUCUGUCCACAUGGAAUCGACAUGGACUUAUCGUUAAGCCCGCUAUGGAGUUUGCAUACCUGAUGGCCCAAAUCCAAAUUGUUCAGGGCCAGAUCCUUGAUCCCAAAGAGCAGCAAACCGUCCGGCUAUUCGUCUCUGUUUUCAGCAAUGUUGUCUUUCGAGCAGAUGAUGACUACCAAAUCAUCCCGCAACUGGCACCCGAUGAACAGCGUAGAAAAGCAUGCGACUUCGCCAUUGAGUACACGACCGAUGAAUAUGCUCAACAAAUUCUGUGCUUUGUGGAGGCUAAAAGGCCAAUAAUCAACCGGGGUCUCAAAUCAUGGCUCUUGAAGACCAAGCCUUCGGCUACUGUCAAGAGUAUCUUGAGGUGUACCCUGACGUUGAUUUCAUUUACGCCUGCACACUUGUCGGAACCUAUAUUCGGUGCUGGAAGAUUGAAAGAAAUCAGACUAAAAAAGGUGAUCGAUUUCAAAUGA